CAGCAGAGAUCUGCAAUAGAUAAACACACAGACUCACACACACCAGUUGGAUUGCUCGCAGACACACACCGCACGCAUUGAGACACAGGCGCUGUAGAACUGGGGAAUAGUGGCUCUCGUUUCUCGAACAAAUCCUAUUUUAAUGGGGUUAUUGUCAUCUAUAUUUUCAGUGGAAAACAGCCACGGAGACAGAGAAAGGCAGGUGUGCCCUUUAAGAGGGGGAGCAGCUGAGGCAAGGACGGCAUCCGAGUCUCCAUCCUCUGUGGAGGUUUUGCAGUUCUGAAGAGUGCGAGAAAGAGAGGUGGUCAGACAAAGCUCUCCGGAUUUCCGUUCUCGUUCCUUCCACCUGGAAAUACGCUGCAAUGGUCAGCAGUAUUCAAAGGUUUAAACCUGUCUGAGUGAGCCCUAUGAACAGCAGACCCAAUGGACAUCAAAGGCCAGUGUUGGACAGACGAGGAGUCGGACGGGGAGAACGAGUCCGAACAGUUCCUGUAUGGCAUUCAGGGGAGCUGUGCGGCUGACCUGUACCGCCACCCUCAGCUGGAUGCAGAUAUCGAGGCAGUGAAAGACAUCUACACUGACAGUGCUGUCUCUGUGAGGGAGUAUGGAACCAUUGAUGACGUGGACAUCGAUCUUCACAUUAACAUCGGUUUCUUAGAUGAGGAGGUUGCGACAGCUUGGAAAGUUAUCAGAACAGAGCCCAUUAUUCUGAGACUGCGCUUUUCUCUUUCUCAGUACCUCGAUGGACCUGAGCCAUCAGUCGAGGUGUUCCAGCCCUCCAAUAAAGAAGGCUUCAGCCUCGGCCUACAGCUCAAAAAGAUCCUGAGCACCUUCACCUCGCAGCAGUGGAAGCACCUCAGUAAUGAGUUCCUCAAGGCCCAGCAGGAGAAGAGGCACAGCUGGUUCAAAGCCGGGGGAACCAUCAAGAAGUUCCGCGCCGGGCUCAGCAUCUUCUCCCCCAUACCCAAGUCUCCAAGUUUUCCUCUGAUCCAAGACACCGUUUUGAAAGGGAAGCUGAGCGUCCCUGAGCUGAGGGUGACGCGCCUGAUGAACCGCUCCAUCUCGUGCACCAUGAAGAACCCCAAAGGGGAGCUCUUCAGCUACCCCCCCAACAGCCAGACUGUGGCUGUCCCGGCGGCCAGGGCCCCUGCGCAGAUUACCACGAGGCAGCUGAUUGAAUUGUUUUUCUCAUCCCAGGCGGGCGGCCACUGCAAGAACAUCCCUACCUUGGAGUAUGGCUUCUUAGUGCAGAUAAUGAAGUACUCAGAGCAGAGGAUCCCCACGCUCAACGAGUACUGCGUGGUGUGUGACGAGCAGCACGUCUUUCAGAAUGGAUCCAUGCUGAAGCCGGCUGUGUGCACCAGGGAGCUGUGUGUGUUCUCCUUCUACACUCUGGGUGUGAUGUCCGGAGCCGCAGAGGAGGUGGCAACAGGAGCAGAGGUGGUGGACCUUCUUGUGGCGAUGUGUCGAGCUGCACUUGAAUCCCCUCGUAAGAGCAUCAUCUUCGAGCCGUACCCAUCAGUCGUUGACCCCAAUGACCCCAAGACUCUGGCCUUCAACCCAAAGAAGAAGAAUUAUGAGAGACUGCAGAAAGCAUUGGACAGCGUCAUGUCCAUUCGUGAAAUGACACAGGGCUCAUAUCUAGAGAUCAAGAAACAGAUGGACAAACUGGACCCCUUGGCACAUCCCCUGCUACAGUGGAUUAUUUCCAGUAACCGGUCUCAUAUUGUCAAGCUGCCUCUGAGUAGGGUAGGAAACAAGAAUGGCUUCCCCUCGAAUGCCCUUUAUCAAAUCAGUUUCUUAUUACUCCUACGUUCUGUCGUUAAAUGCUUCAUACUCACUCUCUUUUUGUCUCGCUUGCUCUCUCUCACAUUCCCUCAUGACCUCAUUGUGCUAGCAACUGAAAUUCAUGCACACCUCCCACCAGUUCCUGCUGCUCAGCAGCCCCCCGGCCAAGGAGGCUCGUUUCCGCACUGCCAAGAAGCUUUAUGGCAGCACCUUCGCCUUCCAAGCACCUGGUCAUUACGCUGCGGAUGGAGUAGCAACUCGAGCUGAUUUUAAUGGAACCAUAACAAACAACAGCACCGAGCGCUGACCACUCGCUUGGACUGAGAAACCGAAUCGCUCCGCCAGCACAUGGAGCCAGCAGUAUCUGUGAGAUGGAGAUUGGUACUGUAGCAGAUGGGGCUCUGCUGAAUAUUUUAAAGGCACACGGCCCAUGUGGGACAGAUAACACAUGAGCAGCGCUGACAGUGUCUCUUUACGCUGAUGAAUGCUACAAAAUGUAGUAAUUCUCAACAGGAAAUGUUAUGUUGGCUUGGCUGCCGUGAUUUUACAUUGAUAUAAAUAGAUUAAUAGAAAAUAUAAAUAUCUGCGAGAUUUGGGAAGGAAUCAAUUAAAAGCAUAUAUACCUUAUAUUAAUUAAACAGCUUCAAAACUAGUUUAAAAAUAAAAGCACUCAUGACACUGCUGUUUAUUUUAUUUUAAGACCUGUCUUGGGAGAUGUAUUCAAAUAACCCAUACUGUGCUGAAGACAUCAAUGAUGGGUUGUCAUCUUUGAUCUUAAUUUUUAUAAUAUAAUAUUUAACAUUCAGUUAUUUCAAUUUGGAGUACUGUGAUGAUGUAACAAAAUGUCCCAAAUGUCCUCGCACAGAUUGGAAAAAUAGACUUCAGAAGCUCUUUGUGUUUGGCAGAAGAGAGCUUGAAUAAACUCUCUUUAUGAAUUCUUAAUAGGUUUAAAAUAAUUCUGAAGUAAAAAGCAGCAAUCCUCAAGUAACACAUUUCAUUGCUUUUUUUACAGUAAUAUUUCAUGACAUUGAGAAAAUCAAUAUUAUAAUAGUAAAGGAAAUGAUGGAGUUAUCCAGUGAUGAAGCAUAUUUGCAGGCUGACACGGAAAUGCUCCCUCAAUAAAAGCCAGUAGGAUUUUUCCAUUUUGAUUUUGGACUAUGCAGAAAAUAUGCUCUGUUGCAAACAAACAUUUAUGAUACUUACACAUUUUGUUCAGCAGGAUAAUCUCCACACAUUAACCACCACUGUGUGACUUUGUAAAUAAAAACACUUGAAGUAAAAAGCUAACGACAUCACCUUGGCAUGACUUCAACUCAUCGCUGAUGACGUGUAAUCGUCUCAUUAAGCCACUUUUUUAGCAACUCCUGUAUUUAAGACACGUUAAGCUUCAGACAUCCACUAGAAGGGUGAACAUCUCCUCACCAAAAACGUUUUUAUAAAUGACAUUACCUUUGAGACGAGGGAAUCUGAAGUGUUACUCCUUCCUGUGUUUUAGUACUCAUUCCUGCACUCAAUUCCAUUUGGUAAUCCCUAUAAUGAAAGUCAAAGGUUACAGCGAAAAUGUGACAGUGUACUUUGGAGCAGCCUGGAUCUGGCCCACUACACACCGGUGGUUGCACACUGUUUAUAUUCACACAGCACUUUGUUUUAUCUCUUCUUUCUUAUCUCUCCCUCUCUCUACACUUGCUCUAGUGGUUCCCAUAUAGAGAACUGGCACUCUGUUCUGAGAAAUGGACUAGUCAAUGCCUCUUAUACCAAACUGCAGGUACGUAACCCUGGCAGUUCUCUGGAAUUUACGAUGCAUCUCCUCUCGGACAGUGAACCUGCUCUCUGAUAGAGCAGGCUCGCUGUCCGGCUGAUUCAUUUUUGCAGUUAAUGGAUGCCAGCUUCCCUUUCGUCAGCUUUGCAUUUGGCAUUUUAGCGAGCGGGGCACACGGUUAGAUCUUCCCGACCAAUGUCUGCUACUCUGUGAGGCAGACAGCAGCGGACAGCACGUCUCAUCCUGUUGUGGGACAAAGGGGAGGGGGGGCUGUGGUGUCCGCUGUGAUGUUGGAGGCUGUCUGUGUGCCCUGUGGGGGUGAACCACCUAGAGCACUGAGUAGGCUAGGUCUGAAGCUGGAGGAUGCAAAGGACAAGCUCCAUGGUAGUGAGUAUAGACUUCCUGUGGGUGAAUAAGGAGGGCUUCACUAAAAGGUCAGUAACUGGCACCUCACUUGUUGUAUUCAAACUCGAGCUGAGCAAUAGUGCUGCAAUUUAUCAAACUUUUAUAGAAAAUCGUUUUAGGGACUUGUGUGGUAUCAAAAUAGCAGUAAGUGCAAUAUUUAGUAAAGGUAAUGUAUGUGAACAUAUAAUUCUGAUUGGAGUAUUGGCCUAAAAACUAUAUUCAACAGACUCAAUAAAGAAUCCCUGUUUGGUACAGAUCCAUUUACAAAAUCAAACCCUGGUCAUUUGAAUAUUUUUCCAUUAUAAAGUGAAUUAUGUUAUGUGAAUUAUUGUUAUCAUAUAAAUUCAGAAAAACAUGAGCGCAAUAAUGCAGGCCUACUUAGUUGCCUCAAUUCAUUACAAUACUAUCUACCAAAUGGGUACAAUUUCAAAUCAGGACCAUAAAUAGUUUUAAUACAAAAGCAGACCAACAUACUUUUCUUCAGAGUGCGUUCUGAUUUCACUCUGCAUCAGAUUUCACAUUGCAUUUACAAAGUUGUCCUUGUUGCACUUUGUGAACCAGGUCUGUAAAGGAUAAAUAAUACAACUAGAAAAGAUGAAGUGAGAACUAGAGAGCGCAGAAUUGUCUCAUUUGCGACAGAUAAUGACUGCUUGAAGACACACCGACAGGUCCUGAAAAUAGACGAGAAACAAUUAAAUGUGAAAUCUCAGGGAUCUUUGAAACACUCACGUCGGCCGUGAUUGCUCUAUCAUGCGGAUGUGUUUCAUUUAUGCCUGCUUUGUUCUCCAACUUUUUGAACUCUCCAUCUUUGAUCUCGUCUGCCUUCUCUUUCUCCUCCCUGUUUCACCUUCAGCAUUGACACCCCCCCCCCCCCCCUUCUGUCAUUGUAUUUCACAUGAGGAGGAGGACUGAGUCUGCCUCCAGCUCCAGCCAUCACACAAAACCUCUUGUCUAUUGCUCCUUUUGAUUUCUUCCAGAUGUGCCAUGUCCUGACCUCCAUCUCACAUUUCACCCCUGAGUUUCUCCUUCCUUUCAUGUGGUUUCACCGCGGUUCAUGAACACUUGUCCAUGUCACAGCUGUGGUCCUUUUUCCUUUUCCUCAUCCUGGACAUGCUUGUGUGUGGAGGCUCAUGAUCAUUGUCAAUCCUCAUCAUACUUCACCAUCUUUACGUUCAAACCGGAAAACAUGUUCUCAUUUUAAACGCGAUUCAAGAGCAUCACAUGACCUUCUCUCAACAUUAUUAUGGGCUGUCGGAGUUUACCGGAUUAAUUAAACUUCUUUCUUUUGCUGUUGCGAUCCAUUGUCUUUGGAUUUUCGUGUGUGUGUGUGUGUGUGUGUGUG